CAGACACAAAAUAAAUAGGGUCCCCAUACUCCCAACUCCCAAGUCCGUAAUUUUAUAGUGUGUAUUACAAGUGCAAAGCAGCUCACUUCAACUGUAGACAACAAGAAGAAGAAGCAGAAUUAGAGAAAGUUAGAGAAGAAGAAAAUGAGAGGAAAACAUCAACAAUCAGCAGUUGAUGAGAAGUACGCUCAAUGGAAAUCUCUCGUCCCUGUUCUCUACGACUGGCUCGCUAAUCACAACCUCGUCUGGCCUUCUCUCUCUUGCCGGUGGGGCCCGCAGCUCGAGCAAGCUACUUACAAGAACCGGCAGCGUCUCUAUCUCUCUGAACAGACCGAUGGCAGUGUGCCAAAUACACUGGUGAUAGCUAACUGUGAAAUUGUAAAGCCAAGAGUUGCUGCUGCAGAGCAUAUCUCACAGUUUAAUGAAGAAGCUCGCUCUCCAUUUGUGAAGAAGUACAAGACCAUUAUACAUCCUGGAGAGGUGAACAGAAUCAGGGAACUUCCUCAGCAUAAUCAUAUUGUUGCCACCCAUACAGAUAGUCCUGAUGUUUUGAUUUGGGAUGUUGAGACUCAACCCAAUCGCCAUGCUGUGCUAGGAGCAACUCCUUCUCGUCCAGAUUUGGUGUUGACAGGACAUAAAGAAAAUGCCGAGUUUGCUCUUGCAAUGUGUCCAAAGGAACCUUAUGUGCUCUCUGGAGGGAAAGACAAGUCCGUAGUUUUGUGGAGCAUUCAGGACCACAUAACAACAACAGCCUCAGACCCUUCAACCAACAAGCCUCAAGGAUCGGGGGCGACAAUAGUGAAACAAAAUGGUGAAAGCCCUUCUGUUGGACCUCGGGGUAUCUUUCAAGGCCAUGAAGAUACUGUGGAAGAUGUGCAGUUUUGUCCAAAAAGCUCUCAGGAGUUCUGUAGUGUUGGAGAUGACUCUUGCCUUAUACUGUGGGAUGCUCGGACUGGGUCUGAUCCAGCCAUUAAGGUUGAGAAGGCUCAUAAUGCCGAUCUUCACUGUGUUGACUGGAAUCCUUUUGAUGAAAAUUACAUCCUCACAGGAUCUGCUGAUAGCUCUGUUCGUAUGUUUGACCGGCGUAAUCUUACUUCUGACGGAGUAGGAUCACCUGUUCACAAAUUUGAGGGCCACAAAGCUGCUGUUCUUUGUGUCCAGUGGUCUCCUGACAAUCCAACUGUCUUUGGAAGUGCUGCAGAGGAUGGUGUUCUCAACAUUUGGGACUAUGAGAAGGUUGGUAAAAAGAAAGAGCGUGGGGUAAGAACACCAAAUGCUCCUCCAGGUCUCUUUUUUCAGCAUGCUGGACACAGGGAUAAGGUAGUUGAUUUUCAUUGGAAUACCUAUGAUGCUUGGACUAUUGUGAGUGUUUCUGAUGACUGUGAUUCUAGUGGCGGUGGUGGAACUCUACAGAUAUGGCGUAUGAGUGAUCUAAUUUACCGACCAGAAGAAGAGGUUUUAGUUGAGCUUGAAGAAUUCAAGUCACAUGUUGUUACAUGUGGUUCUAAAUCAUGAGGUGAAAUAAGCAGUGGUAGAGUACAUGGUCUUCCAGGUCCCAUGAAUGUGUAGAGUAGACAAUGGCUGAUGAGAGCUGAAAUCUAUUUUAGUUAUGUAGCAUGCUGAUGCAGGAAAGUUAAGGAAUGGGACUUAGUAUUUAUGGAAUUUAAGGGUUAUGUUUUACUUUGAGGGUGUUUGGGGGUGGUGGGGAUCUUUUACCUUGGUUGUGGAGUGUUAUUUGUAAUAUAAACUUGUGAAUCUGUGUACUACUAGAUUGAAGUAUGAUAGUAUGUAACUAGAUUAGGCUGAACAGCACUACAUCAGACAGCAGCUUAUUAUGCUUGAUUUCUAGGAUACAGAUAUUGCUCUAGCUAAAUUCCACCUUUGCAAUAUCUAUAUCUAAGGCUAGAAUUAUGG